UCGCUCUCAUUUCUCUCGCCCUUUCUACUCCCAAACACAGUUUUAAAUCUAUCAUUUUCUCCGAUCCAUCUGACCGGAGAUUAUAUAAUUCCGAUAGAUCAGAAAAUCAAAGGGACUAUAUCCAACGAAUUGGAGCGGCGGAGCAAGGGAGAAUGGCUGUACGUGCAAUAUCUCAGGAGGCAUUCGACGAUCUCGUUAGGGAAAAUGUGGAAGAUCUUGGAAUGGAACCUUCCGAAGCUCUCGAAGACGCUCUCUACACACUCAAGCUCCAAGGCGUCGAUCUCUCCGGGAUCAUUACAUGUGUUCCUGGAGAAAGUAGCGUUAAGGACAAUCCGGUGAUUGCGUGUUUGGAUAGACUCAAAGAAGUCGAUAGUGUUUCUAAAGACGGACUACUUCGAGAUGAGGAUUUGGAUGAGAUUUCGAGUUUGUUCGUCAAGCUCAACGAGCUUUGUAGCAGCCAAGAACUUGGUAACGCGGCAAUUGCGACAAAACAUGGUGCUGUGGAAUUAACAUGCUCGAUUUGUUCGAAAAUCAAGACAUCCACUGGAAGUAAUCGGAUUGUUGUUCCUUGUUUGAAGGCUUUGGCCGUCUUGAUCCAUGACCUCCAGAGCACAGAGGUAUUCAGGAAUUCUUCUGGACCGAGGAUUGUCGUUGAUCUCUUAAGAGAUUCAAUCUCUGAUUCUGAUUCAUUAGAUGCUGGUUUUGCGGUUGUUGCUGCGGCUGCAACUGGUAAUGAAGUCGUCAAACAGUUAUUCAUGGAACAGAAAAUUGAUGAGCUUAUCCUGCAAGUGCUGAAUCGAGAGAGUAAAAUCACCAUUCAAGCUUUGUAUGAUGCAAUUCGUGUUAUUUUGACGCCAGAUGAUGGCCGUGUGGUUGCUUCCCAAGUUUAUGGUUAUGCACGGACAUUUGCCAAAUUAGGGAUCGCAAGAGCCCUCACCGAAGCAUUGCAGGCAGGGAUUGGCUCUGAUAGCUUGGUGUCAGCUAGUAUUGCGUUAAAAUCAAUUGCUGUAAAUGAUGAAAUAUGUAAAUCAAUUGCUGAAACUGGUGGAAUAGACACGCUUCUUAGAUGCAUUGAUGAUAGCGGUGAACAAGGCAACAAAACUGCUGCUAAGACGUGCUGUUCCCUAUUGUCUAAGUUGGCAGGAAGUGACUCUAACAAGAGUACUAUAGUUGAGAAGCGGGGUCUCGACAAGCUAAUCAAACUUGCACAACGAUUCUCCGACGAUCCUCUAGUCAUACAAGAGGUCAUGUCGAUAAUCUCUAUAAUCUGUCUGAGAUCACCAGACCACGCAGCCAGUGCUAUAGAAGCUGGGGCUGGUGAUCUGGCGGUCCAAGCUAUGAAGAGGUUCCCAGCAGCGGCCCAAAUGCAGAGAAACGCUUGCAACAUGAUACGGAACAUUGCCGUAAGAAAUGCAGAGAACAGAACUAUUCUGCUUGCCAAUGGAAUUGAGAAGCUGAUAAGGACUGCUAAGGCCAACAAUGAGAUAUGCAGAACCUCUGCAACUGAUGCACUGAGAGACCUUGGCCUUGAUAACUACAAUAGCUAAGGCCAAUCUUCUACAUUCAUGCAAACUACAAAAUUUUACGAGGUUGGUACCAACCGUUUCUGCAUUUACUUACGCGUCAUUCAAGCAAAGAAGAAAUUCAGGAAGAGUGCUCAAGAAACGGAAUGAUCCACUUUUCUUCAUGAUUCCAUUCAGAAUUUGCAAUGAAUUCAGCUUUUGGGUAGAAAGCAUUCCAAUCUAGAAUUUUUGCGUCGAUUGUUUUUGUCCGAUUAGAACAUGUGUUAAAAUGGGAAGCUUGAAACAACUCCGAGUCUUAUGGACACUUCUUUUAUGUGCUUCUUUACUUUUUCUUUAGUCUCUCUCUUUUUUUGCUAUC